GAGCCGGCUUCAGUGCUUCAACUCCCAGGCUGCCUUCGGAACAUGUCUUCCAAGAAGAACAGAAAACGGCUCAACCGGAGCGCCGACAAUGGUUCGCCCUCACCCUCCGCGUCUCCCUCUCCUGGGGGGGCCUUGGCUCCUUCUGCCGGGCCCGGCAUCGCGGCGGCCGCCGGGACUCUGACGGUGAUCAACUUCUUAGAAAAGGAUGACAAAGUUCCUAAAAAAUUCCAGAAUUCCCUUGUUCAACUUGGGCUGAGCACCAUGAAGUCUGCAAAUACAUGUAUAGGCCGACCGGUGUUGCUUACAAGUUUGCAUGGAAAGCAAGAGGUCUAUACGGCCUGGCCUGUGUCCGGAUUUCCUGGAGGCAAGGUUGGCCUGAGUGAUAUCGCACAGAAGAAUGUGGGUGUCAGGGUUGGUGAUACCAUCCGGGUCCAGCCUCUUCUGGGUGCUGUGCUGCAGGCUGAGGAGAUGGACGUGGCACUCAGUGACAAAAAUGUGGAGAUUAAUGAAGAACAAUUAGCUGGUUGUCUUCUGAGAAAACUAGAUGGCAAGAUUGUUUUACCAGGCAACUUUCUGUAUAUUACAUUCUAUGGACGACCGUGCAAGUUGCAAGUGUUGCGAGUGAAAGGAGCAGAUGGCAUGAUACUAAGAAGGCUUCAGCAUGACCCUGACAGUGGUGCCCGGGGAGUGGCCUCAGAACAGUCCAGCAUAGAAGCCAGUACCCUGGAUAUGUCCUUACAACUAAGCCAGUUGGACCUGGCAGAACACCACGACCCGACAUCCAGCAGUACUCCUUGCAAACCAGUCGAUGGCAGAAUGACAGAUAGAGCUGGUGACAUUUUGCCGGAUGUCACACAGAGUCCUGGUGGCAGCAGUGGACUUGGGCUGGAGGAAGUCACAAGUCUUAAGUGUAGUUUUGCGUCUGCCAGGGAAGGAAAUGAACAUCUUAUCAGUGAAGAGAGAUUGCUUGAGUCAGCCAGCAUGGGCGCAAAACGCAACACCGACACUUUUUAUUUUAUUUCUUCAACAACCAGAGUCAAUUUUACAAAGAUGCGUACAAAUUCAAAAGAGCAAGACAACCAAUUCAAAGUGACUUAUGACAUGAUAGGAGGCCUAAAAAGUCAGCUGAUAGCAAUUAGAGAAAUAAUUGAAUUGCCUCUCAAACAGCCUGAAGUUUUCAAGAGUUAUGGAAUUCCUGCCCCUAGAGGAGUGUUGCUCUAUGGCCCUCCGGGUACUGGAAAGACAAUGAUUGCCAAGGCUGUUGCUAAUGAAGUCGGAGCCUAUGUUUCUGUAAUAAAUGGUCCUGAGAUUAUCAGCAAAUUCUAUGGGGAGACCGAAGCAAAGUUACGUCAGAUAUUUGCUGAAGCCACUCUGCGGCACCCAUCAAUUAUUUUUAUUGAUGAGCUGGAUGCACUUUGCCCUAAAAGAGAAGGGUCUCACAAUGAAAUGGAAAAAAGAAUUGUAGCUUCACUUUUAACACUGAUGGAUGGUAUUGGUUCAGAAGGAAGUGAAGGACGGGUGUUGGUCCUCGGGGCCACAAACCGCCCUCAGGCUUUGGAUGCUGCACUCCGCAGACCUGGACGAUUUGAUAAGGAGAUUGAGAUUGGAGUUCCAAAUGCUCAGGACCGGCUUGAUAUCCUCCAGAAGCUGCUUCUAAGGGUGCCGCAUUUGCUCACUGAAGCUGAGCUGCUGCAGCUGGCAAACAGUGCUCACGGAUAUGUGGGAGCUGACUUGAAAGCCUUGUGUAAUGAAGCAGGUCUCUAUGCUUUGCAGAGAGUCCUGAAGAAGCAGCCUACCCUCCCUGAUAGCAAGGUGUCGGGACUGGUGAAGAUUACUCUGAGUGAUUUCUUGCAGGGGAUGAGUGCCAUCAGGCCCAGUGCCAUGAGGGAAGUGGCAAUCGAUGUCCCAAAUGUCUCCUGGUCAGAUAUAGGAGGAAUGGAAAAUAUCAAAUUGAAAUUGAAACAGGCUGUGGAAUGGCCCUUGAAACAUCCAGAGUCUUUCAUCCGAAUGGGUAUUCAGCCACCUAAAGGAGUGCUUCUGUACGGGCCACCUGGAUGCUCUAAAACAAUGAUCGCCAAGGCUUUGGCCAAUGAGAGUGGACUGAAUUUCCUAGCCAUAAAGGGGCCUGAAUUAAUGAAUAAAUAUGUUGGUGAAUCUGAAAGAGCGGUUAGAGAGGUCUUCCGAAAAGCAAGGGCCGUGGCUCCUUCCGUUAUUUUCUUUGAUGAACUGGAUGCCUUAGCGGUUCAGAGAGGCAGUUCUUCAGAUGCUGGGAAUGUAGCCGAUCGUGUUUUGGCUCAGCUCUUAACAGAAAUGGAUGGCAUUGAACAGUUGAAGGAUGUGACAAUUUUGGCAGCUACUAACCGCCCAGAUAGGAUAGACAAGGCUCUGAUGCGGCCUGGACGAAUCGAUAGAAUCAUCUAUGUGCCUUUACCAGAUGCAGCAACAAGAAGGGAGAUAUUCAACCUGCAGUUUCACUCUAUGCCAAUCAGUGAGGAUGUUGACAUGGAUGAACUUGUCCUCCAAACGGAUACCUACUCAGGAGCAGAGAUUAUCGCCGUCUGCAGAGAGGCAGCUCUUCAGGCUCUGGAAGAAGACAUUCACGCCAGCAGCAUCGUGAGAAGACAUUUCAGUCGGGCCUUGAGCACUGUGACACCCAGAAUUCCCGAAUCACUGAGACGUUUCUAUGAUGACUAUCAAGAGAACAGUGGGCUACAUACACUCUGAAAAAUGAUACAUAUUCAUUAUGCUAAAAGUGCUUUCUAGAGAAAACUCGUUCGGUUUUUUAAAUUCCGUCUAGAGAGUAUCAAAAAAGAAAUCCUUAAGCAAAAUGUCCGAAGUAUGUUGGCUAGAAUUAAGGGGCUUCAGUUCUUGUAGACAUUCAAAAUCAUAUGGAUACAGUGAAAAUAUCCAUGAAGCUCUCUGGACAGGAGUUUAAAUCAGUUUUGUCUGGAAAUAUAUGCUGAGUUUUAAAAUGCAAACUUUUGGGAUUUUCAUUUGGACCUGGUACAUUCAUCCCAUGAAAUGCUUUCCUUGCUCCAGAAUCCAUUUCAGUGCAUUCCUAAAUGCCAAACCUGCGGGCAUCAAUUUUAUAUUAGAAUAGAGAGAGUGCAUGGUGAGAAAUAGUUACAAAUGGUUUAUUUUUGAAGGCUAAACGAUGAAAUGGCCAAAUGCACCAACCAGACUUAUGUGGCCGUUUCUCCAAGUCUGUAUUUGUUCUCAUUAUAGUUCACACCUACAUUUUUGCUUUACCCUUCUUAACUUUUACUUACGGCAACUAAAAAACAAACAAACAAACAAACAAAAAACUAAGUUAUUUCAUAUACUGUCAUGUCCUUUGAAAGUUUAAAAAAUUGGAAAUAUAAGCCCAGUCCAGGCCUAAAGCAGUAGGCUUGAUUUUUUUUUUCAUAAAAUGCUAAAAUAAAUCAUACGACAUAGUCAUGUUUUAACUUGUACACAUUUUCAGGUUACCAAUAAACAUUUUCAGUUAAAAGAUAAGCCAAAUUGUAUUCAAUCAUAUUGUCUCAUGCUGCAGUCUAAGUAUGUGUAUUUAUGUCCCUAGUUACUUAUUCUUGGGAUUUCUUGACACUUUGAAACUUCAUAAAUAUCCUUGAAAAGACUGUCGGAAAUUGACUCCCUGACUUCCUGGCAAUGGAAAGAAUGUGCACUUAAACCUGGCACCGUAGAUCUUUGCAAGUUCCCAGAAAGGUAAGUCAGGCAAGAAAUACCUGAUUCUCAAAAUGAUGGGGUCUUCCCGUUUUUGCGGUGGCAGAUAUUAUGAAGUCUUGUCUCAACUGUUUCAUCCUUUGCCUACCAAAGGGAUUAGCAAGGCUUUUUUCCCCAGGCUACAUUGGUUUAUUAAUACAUAAAAAAAACCACCCAAGGGACGAAGACUAUUACUACGAUUUAGGACUGUGCUGUCAAUAUAAUAGACACUGGUCACAUGUGACUAAGUUUGCAUUUUAAUUAAAAUGAAGUAAUAUUAAAAAUUUAGUUCAUCAGACGUGUUAGCCAUGUCUCAGGUGCUGGCUGGGCCCCCGGGACGAGAGCCUGCCACACUGAAAGAAUAGACUGGGAGCAUUUCUAUCACUCGGACAGUUCUGCUGGACUCUGAUGAUUUAGAGAGUAAGGCUUACACACUGAAAUAAAUAGAAGCUCAAAAAGUACUUUUGUGCUUCCCAUUUUCCCUUUAAUUUUUAGAGGACCAUAACUACUUCCCUGUAAGUGCUGAGGUCACAAGAAAAUAAGAACACAGCUUUUCCCCAAAAUUAAAGAAAUCCCAUGGCCAAUAAAGCAAAAACCAGAACAGUCAACUUGAACCAACAAGGAGACUCUCGAGCUGGAGCCUGGAUGAUGGGAAGGAGGGUGACAGUCUCAGUCAGCAAAGAGUUUAGAUGUUCAAGGCCACUACUGUUCUUCAGCCCGGACGAUAUUUGAAGUUAUAACUGAGCCCACACAUAAUGCCCAGAUCUUAGAAGGCCAGCUCCUUCAGUGUAGGGCAGACAAGAAAAGAAACCCUCCCACUGGCGGGGGGACCACAAGUUGUCUUGCUUGGUCUGUGCUUUAGAUUGAAAAAGCAAAAAAGAGGCCCCUCUGAAAAUUCUGACUAUGGACUCACCUGACCAUGGUUGCAGGAUAUGAAUCCACAAGAGCUUUGUGAUGCGGAAGUUCGAAGCCUAGAAAUGACCAUGGAUGCAUGGAUCCAAGCUAAAAAUAUCCUUGGGGUGACUAGUUAGAGAAACGUAUCCUCAGCCCGGCCACAGAGGAUUCCAGCAGCUAAAACCCUGCCUAUGGAGUUCACAGUCCCAGAGGAGGAGCUGUGGAGCCUCCUACUCUGUAAGUGGUACAGCCGCUUCUGAAAGCAGCUAGCAUAUCUAGUGAUGUUGAACACCGUGUAACCCAGCAGUUCUUCGUGGUGAGUCUCUCAGAGCAAGCUGUGUUUACUGAGGUAACAAAUAAGAAAGUCAUAGCACCAUUGUUUGUAAGUACUAAGGAACUGGAAACAACCGAAAUAUCCUGCAAUGAGAGAGGACCUCUAUGGAAUACUCAUACAGCACAGUACUUACGGCAGUAAAAAAAGAAAGAAAAGAAAAGAAAAAAAAAAAAAACCUAUGUAUAAAACAGGUGAAUCUCAAAAACAAAAAGAACGUUUCAGAGGAAUACUUACAAUAUUACUGUUUAAGGCAUGUAAAAUAAUAUGUUGUUUAUGGGGAUGUGUAAUGAAAGACUACGUGAGUAGAAAUGGAAAGCCCCAAAUACUGGGGAGGAAUUUCCUCAGGGGAGAAAAGCUGAAAAGUCUCGUAUCUUAAGCUGGGUUGAUGGGGAUGCCAGUGUUGAUUGUAUUGCGGUGUAAUAUAGACUUUUUGUAUGCCUAGGUAUUUCGUGAUAGUUUUUCAAAGAUGAGCCUUAAACUGAUGUGUUAUGGUGCAAGGGUGAAAUGCAUCUGUAGCCAUGUUCUGUGUUCUAACCACGAUCACGUCAUUCAACCCAGUGGCAUUGUCUCCCCCGUGAUCUGUAGUGCU